AGCUCUAGUAAAUCCCAGCUUCUCAAAUUCAUCAGAGAGAAAAUAAUGAGAGAGGCUAUAGAUAUAAACAAUAUGCGUCCAAUUCACAAAAUUGUUAAAGAUACACUUAGAGAAGCAGGAAACAAGAAAUGGGAUUUCAAUGAAUUUAUUGUGAUGGGAACAUGGAGGCCUAAGAAAAAAAUCUCUGCAAUAAUCGUUUUAUGA